CCGCACUAGGUUGCUCCGGCUCGGCGGGCGCGGGGCCGGCGGCGGCAGCAGCAGCAGCAGCAGCAGCGCGGUCACCAUGCACGUCAAUGGCAAGGUGGCCCUGGUCACCGGCGGGGCGCAGGGCAUCGGCAGGGCGUUCGUCCAGGCGCUGCUGGUCAAGGGCGCGAAGGUAGCGCUGCUGGACCGCAACUCCGAGGCCGGGCAGGAGAGCAAGGCGGCCCUGGACGAGCAGUUCGAAGCGCAGCGGACCGUCUUCAUCCAGUGCGACGUUACGGACCAGGAGCAGCUGAGAGGUGCUUUCAAAAAAGUAAUUGAACGUUUUGGAAGGCUGGAUAUUGUGGUUAAUAAUGCUGGAGUGAACAAUGAGAAGGACUGGGAAAGCACUAUACAAAUUAACUUGACAUCUGUGAUUAGAGGAACUUACCUUGGCCUAGAAUACAUGAGAAAAGGAAAUGGAGGCGAUGGAGGAGUAAUCAUUAAUAUCUCAUCCUUGGCAGGACUCAUGCCUGCUGCAUUCCAACCUGUGUACUGUGCUACAAAGCAUGGUGUAAUUGGAUUCACACGGUCAAUAGCAUUAGCAGCUAAUAUGGAAAACUACGGUGUGAGACUCAACACAAUUUGUCCAGGAUUUGUCAACACACCAAUUCUUCAGUCAAUAGAUAAAGAAGAGAAUAUGGGACAAUUUUAUUCAUAUAAGGAUGAGAUCAAAAAUAUGAUGCAGUUCUAUGGUGUGAUGGACCCGUCAAUAAUUGCUGAGGGACUGAUAACAAUAAUUGAAGACGAUACUCUAAACGGAGAAGUUAUGAAGAUUACAGCAUCCCAAGGGAUUCAUUUUCAGCAAUACAACCAAUCACCUUUUACAUCAUCAAAGAGAUAAAUCAUUGAUUUAUGCUAAUUAUUUUUGGCUUUUCUUAAAUAUAAAAAAUUUUAAAGAGAGUAAUUUUUGUGAAAAAAUAUUAGUGUUUAUCCAGAGCAGUGACAGUGUUCAAACAUUCACAUCCUAAUAACAAAGAGAUGGACAAGUAAAUCUGGUGUGGGAAGAUGUUACCAUCCUAUUUUGAUUCUAGAAACACUAAUAUUAGUAUUUUUUCAGUAGAAUAAACACAGUGCUCUGAAGAUUUCUGAUUAUGUAGUAAUAGGGGCCAGUUUUUUCCUUUGGAUAGUUCUCAUCUACAUACUCCAAGCAUAUUUUGGUGGACCUGACUUGCUUUGUAUAAUUCUUUUCACUGUCGUAAGGAUCUACUUAUUUACAUCUUGAAUUCUUCAGACCAGGAAUUCAGUUCAGGAAUCUAGAACACAAAUGUACCAAUAAGGAGUUAAGCUUUUACUUUUUCUCAUUUAUAUAUGUAACCGAAUACGUUGCAUAUCAUACAAGAAAGUAUAGAUUUUUAUCUUCUUGGAUUUUAGCUAUUUAUAAAACAGUUCAGAAUAUUUUUGUUCUCUUUUAUAGAUUAUAUAUAUAUAUGAAUUUUCUCUCUCUGUACAUACAAGGAUGAAUACUUUGGCAUUGACUGAAAUGUCUGCUUAUUAAAUCUCAUUUUUUAAACCUUUAAA